UUGUCGUCCACUUUAAAUGUCGAUCGUUCAUUUCAAAGGAUAAACCCUCUAUUUAGACGGUGCGCCAGGACUGGGACAGACGGCGCGUAAAAGUCGAGACACUUCGCUUUUACCACGAGCCAUCUGUGGCUACGGACUCGAAAACUGACCUUACUGUGAUAAAAUGAGCUUAGAUCGGGAUCAACGCAGGCGAGAUGCUGACGUCAAAACGUCUGGGGAUACCGAGUCGUCCGAUCUCUGUCAAUUGUCACCCUCGGGUCCCGUCAAUGCACCACCACUGAGGAGCACACCGGUUUUGACCAAAACCAAAGAAAGGAUAUCCGACCCCGUUAUUGCAGCAUUCAUUGCUGGAGGGGUAGCCGGUGCUGUAUCUAGGACGAUCGUAUCACCACUCGAACGCCUCAAAAUCUUGCUUCAGAUUCAGACUGUGGGCAGAGAGGAAUAUAAAUUAUCCAUAUGGAGGGCUCUCGUGAAGAUUGGAAAAGAGGAAGGCUGGAGAGGCUUCAUGCGUGGUAACGGCACAAACUGCAUUCGCAUAAUACCCUAUUCAGCCGUCCAGUUCGGGAGCUACAACUUCUACAAAAAGUUCGCGGAACCUUUUCCAGAUGCUGAGCUGUCGCCAAUCCGGCGCUUACUAUGUGGAGGAGCUGCUGGCAUCACUUCGGUCACCAUCACAUACCCUCUCGACAUCGUCCGAACGCGACUCUCUAUUCAGUCAGCAUCUUUCGCUGCUCUCAGUCAGAGAGGUACUGCCGAACAACUGCCUGGAAUGUUCACAACUAUGGUUUUGAUCUAUAAGAAUGAGGGUGGUUUUGUUGCCCUCUAUCGCGGUAUUGUCCCCACAGUCGCUGGCGUUGCUCCAUAUGUGGGCCUCAAUUUCAUGACAUAUGAGUCUGUUCGCAAAUAUUUGACUCCUGAUGGGGAUAAGAAUCCCAGUCCCUGGCGCAAGCUAUUAGCAGGUGCUAUCUCAGGGGCUGUAGCUCAGACCUGCACAUACCCAUUUGAUGUCUUGCGACGUCGUUUCCAAAUAAACACGAUGUCGGGAAUGGGCUAUCGAUAUAAAUCAAUUUGGGACGCUGUGAGGGUUAUCAUGGCGGAGGAAGGCCUGCGCGGAUUUUUCAGAGGAAUAGUGCCUAACCUUUUGAAAGUUGCUCCGAGUAUGGCCAGCAGUUGGCUCAGCUUUGAGUUGACAAGGGACUUUCUUGUUGGAUUUAGCGAUGAGAAAUAAUCAUGAUCAUUGUCUUCAUGAAAGUCGUUAGCUGACAGUCAUUUUCU